GCGUAUGGCCGCCGCCCCCCGCUGGCAGACGCUGGCGGCGUAAGGCGCGCGGGCCCCGGAGCGGGCGCGGCGGAGCGCGGUGAGCCCGGCGCCUCCCGUCCCGAACAUGCGGAGGCCGGCCCAGGCGGCCCGGGAGCCGGAGCGGGGGCCCGAGCGGGCACCGGAGCCGGAGCGCGAGCGGGCGCGGGGCCCGGAGCCGGGGUCCGCGCUGCGCUGCUGAGGCCGGGCCGGCCGCCCAGACGCUGCCCCCGGGCCCGGCCACGGCGGAGCCAAGCUGUGAGCCGUGAGCUUUGAGGUGGUGGGACCUGUCAGCAGAAUGUCUCCUGCUCCCGAGAGUGACCCCGAGGCCACUGAGAUGAGCACUGCGGCCUGGCCGGCCCGAGCGCCUGCGUCUCAGUAGCUGGGAGCCGCGGGCCCACGCCUGCCCACCGGCCGCGGUGAUGUUCUAGCCACGGAGGAGCCAAGACCUCAGGUUUCCAGAGACUUGGGAUUUGCACAGCAGCAGAGUCACCGUGGAGAGGCCAGGGUAUCACAAACUUAUGGAUUUUGACAAGAAAGGAGGGAAAGGGGAGACAGAGGAGGGCCGGAGAAUGUCCAAGGCCGGCGGGGGCCGGAGCAGCCACGGCAUCCGGAGCUCAGGGACCAGCUCGGGGGUCCUGAUGGUGGGCCCCAACUUCCGCGUCGGCAAGAAGAUCGGCUGCGGCAACUUCGGGGAGCUCCGCCUAGGAAAGAAUCUCUAUACAAAUGAAUACGUGGCUAUCAAAUUGGAGCCGAUCAAGUCCCGGGCCCCGCAGCUGCACCUGGAGUACCGGUUCUACAAGCAGCUCAGCGCCACAGAGGGCGUCCCUCAGGUCUACUACUUCGGCCCGUGCGGGAAGUACAACGCCAUGGUGCUGGAGCUGCUGGGGCCCAGCCUGGAGGACCUGUUCGACCUGUGCGACCGGACCUUCACGCUGAAGACGGUGCUGAUGAUCGCCAUCCAGCUGAUCACGCGCAUGGAGUAUGUGCACACGAAGAGCCUCAUCUACCGGGACGUGAAGCCGGAGAACUUCCUGGUGGGCCGCCCGGGGACCAAGCGGCAGCACGCCAUCCACAUCAUCGACUUCGGGCUGGCCAAGGAGUACAUCGACCCCGAGACCAAGAAGCACAUCCCGUACCGCGAGCACAAGAGCCUGACGGGCACCGCGCGCUACAUGAGCAUCAACACGCACCUGGGCAAGGAGCAGAGCCGCCGCGACGACCUGGAGGCGCUGGGCCACAUGUUCAUGUACUUCCUGCGCGGCAGCCUCCCCUGGCAGGGGCUCAAGGCCGAUACGCUCAAGGAGCGGUACCAGAAGAUCGGGGACACCAAGCGCGCCACGCCCAUCGAGGUGCUCUGCGAGAACUUCCCAGAGGAGAUGGCCACGUACCUGCGCUACGUCCGGCGCCUGGACUUCUUCGAGAAGCCCGACUAUGACUACCUGCGGAAGCUCUUCACCGACCUCUUCGACCGCAGCGGCUUCGUGUUCGACUAUGAGUACGACUGGGCCGGGAAGCCCCUGCCGACCCCCAUCGGCACCGUCCACACCGACCUGCCCUCCCAGCCUCAGCUCCGGGACAAAGCCCAGCCGCACAGCAAAAACCAGGCGCUGAACUCCACCAACGGGGAGCUGAACGCGGACGACCCCACGGCCGGCCACUCCAACGCCCCCAUCACGGCGCCUGCAGAGGUGGAGGUGGCGGAUGAAACCAAAUGCUGCUGUUUCUUCAAGAGGAGAAAGAGAAAAUCGCUGCAGCGACACAAGUGACCCCGGGCGCGUGCAGCCCCCUGAAUCUUCUCCGUGCAGCCCCUUGGGGCGCGAGCUUGUGCGAGGCCCUCGGGGCCCACCCACAGCGGCCCAGGGCCAGGCCCUGGCUGGAAGCCAGAACGCAGACUGCAGGGGCCGCGCCUGGCUCAGGCGGCGGCCCCACCCCCAGGACGUGGGGUCACUUCCUUCACGUAAGACUUUGGCCGAAAUUUCUACACCUGUGUCUAGUCCUCCCCCCUCCAAGAGCAUUAACUAUUUAAAACAAGGAAAAAAGGAAAAAAAACAGAGGCCCGCCCUACCCCCACUCCUGCCCCUCCGUUUCUUUGCUGAAGUGAGUAGUGUGAUCCUGGAGGCUCCCUGGCUGAGGCCCGGCCUGGCCCGGCCCCGCCAGCCGCCCCCGUUAGCGUCAUAAAGUCCAGCUUGUCUCCCUCGAUCCAAAGGCCGUUUCCUCGAGGGGAGGGCAGGCCCGGCCUGGAGGGGUGCUGUGGAGCUGUCUUGCCCAGGCCCUCCUGGGAGGGGGACAGGCAUUGCUGCCAGGGGUGAGGCCGCGCCCCAGGUCUCCCCAAAACCAAAGGGGAAGGCAGGGGUGGGGCCGCGGCUGAAGCCGGCCCCCCAACCAAAAUGCUGCACCAAAGCUCGGGCGCCACAGGCACGGCCACUGCAGUUUCUUCCCAGCCUGGCCCUGGCGAGGGGCGGGUGGGCACUGCCAGGUGGGUGCUUCUCGAUGCACUUGCUCCCGGAGGCUGUGCCCCGGCGCCUGGAACCCGAGGUGGGAGGACCGGCUGGUGUCACCCUGCUCGGCCCUGGGCCCUGCUGCGUGGGGCGCGUGGGGCGCGUGGGCACGGGGCUUCCUGCCUCUGUGCUCCGAGACCCGGCAAGCAGCCGGAGACAAAACGCCUUAAAGCCCCCGGCCCAGCCUUGCAGGUGAAUUGCAGGGGCCUGGGGGCAGCCCUGGACUGGCGGGCGGUUCCCCAGCGGGGUGCCCUGGAGGCUGCCGGGCGGAGUGGAGCAGCUUGGGGCCGUGCCCAGGGCGGUGGCUGUGAGUCUAGUUUUUGCUUUACCAAGUGUACAGAAAUGGCAUUUACGUUUCUCUGAUGCUCCCUUGAAGCCAUAGAAUUUAGGGGCUUUUUUUAAAAAAAUAAAAGAAAAAUGAAACCAAA